AUGGUGGCGGAGAGAGGAAGAGGAGAAGGAGGAAGAGGCGACGGCGGUGGCAGCAGCGGAAGGAGGAGGAGACGGCGGCGGGUCCCUGCGCUAGUGGCUCCUACGGAGGGCGGCGGGCAUAGAGAUCCCGGAGCGGCGGCGGAGGAGGAGGACGGGGACGGCCGGGAGAAGGACGAAAGGGCUGAGGCGAGCCUCUCUUCGCCCAGGCGGUCCCGGGACGUCUUCGACGGCGACGGCAGGAGCGAGCGGAAGCGCCUCGGUCUGCGCCUGUGCCUCGGCACGGGAGGGAGCGAGCGCGGAGCGGAGCUGCGCGGCCAGGACCCACCACUCAAAAUGGCAGCGCCUGAGUCACACAGACACCGCCCUGCCCGCACUACGCAGGCGCGCUCUGACGGGCGCGUACCAAGCGCAAGAGCCUCCCCACCCCCCUCCCGGGGGGGGGGGGCACAGAACGUUGUGCUCCAGGCAGUAAGGCUCAGCGGUAGCCUCGCUAGCCACAGACACUCCUGUUCGGGAGAGACGGAGGGGAGAGUACGACGGCGGCAGAGCAUCUCCGAGCCGUCGCCACACCAAGAAUUGGGGUCGCACUUCCCUGCUCUUCCCCCCCCCCCCCCCACUGUCACGCCUCGUGCCACCGCCCUCCUGCCCCACGUGAUGCCGAGUGGGGCCUGGCCCGCCGGACAAGGACCCGGAUGGGGUUGCUCAACGCAGUUCUCAGCGGAGGGGGGGGAGCGAGGGCAGGGCAGGAAGGCACAACGGGAGGAAGGGGACGCUGCCCCCCCCCUCCCCUCCCUGAGGGGGUAUCUGCCCGGGGCACCCCCCCCCCCCCCCCCCGCCUUCGUACAUGAAGGGAAUAUUUAAACUUUUUUCAACCUUAAGCGUCGUGAUGUUAUUGGCGUGCCAGGGGAAGCCUCGCCAUCCAGAAUUACCCAGGCUGGACGUAAGGUUCCAAAACGCCCGGCACCUGCGCCAGAGCUAAGGGGACGGUGACUCGCUGAGGGAGAGGCAGGCUGCGGAGGUGGGCGAAGGCGUCUCUCCCACCUUCCCUCUGGAAGCUGGCGCCUGUGACUCACCAGAACGGCAACGAUAUUAAAAAGAUUACAAGCGGAAGACAAGUGCGGGCACCGUCUAUCUCAUCUGGUUGUCUUUCCAAGCCCACGCAGCAUGGCCAUGGCACUCUCCAAUAAACUCAGGUAGAUGUCA